AUGUCCACGAUAGAUAGAAGGCCACCAACAAUCUCUAGACCUCCUGGCCUGAUUGCAAAUGAAAAGGCAGCGUCAGAAGUCAAGGAAUCAGCUCCUGCUCCAGGAAGAAGCAGCUAUCUCCCUUCAUUUCUUCAUUACACUGGUCCUGCCAUAGGUCAAGGUGCAAAGCCGACUUCUGAAGCUGAACACUUCCUACGAAACCAGCUCCUGUCCUCGUACAAUAUCCACCUGUCAGAAGAAGAUAUUGCUGUUGCUUUCCUACAAGGAGCUGCCGCUUUGGCAGUCUUCUUUUGCUAUCCACGCAUCACAAACAUCAAUGCUACAAACCCGAGUCUAUCCAGUGCCAGCAACUCGCUAGUGACGACUACAUCGAGCGGAAUCACUAUCACUUUCAACUUGACAACCGAUAUUUCAAUCACGAGUGCAAGUUACAUAGAUUACACAGUGCAGCAUAUUGAUGUCGUUGCAACACCACAAAUGGGCAAUGCUUCCACCAGCAUUGUUGGAAAAGGAACUUAUAAUGACCUCACUAUUGCUAAAAUGGCAGUCACUACCUUUGUUUUGCCAUUAUCUUUCUCCUAUGCUGCUACUUCCAUUAAUGAUACUGAUCCAACAAUGAGACAAAUACUGGUUGAUUGUGGUGUGUUGAACUCAACAACUGCAAAACAGCCAAUAUCUAUCGGCUACACUGCGUCCUUGUAA